AAGUUAACGCGACGCAGAGCCGAACGCACGCACGAAACGCACGCACGUACGUACGCACGCUCGCGUCGCCCGCGCGCGUCGUCGGGUGGCCCAACCCACUUUCCGAGAUUUUUACGGGACGGCCGCUCCAGAGUGUGUAGUGGUGGUGGUGGUGGUAGUGGUGGUGAUGGUGAUGCCUCGAGAGAGUGCGCGUCCGUGAGCCAUGCACCCGCGGUGAUACCCUCGAGGCUUCCUCGGGCAGCGUAUUCCCCCAGCCAGCGCGGGCUGAGUUCCGGGUAUCGCGCCUCGUCGCGUCGCGUCGUCCCGUCCCGCGCUCCGCUUCGCCUCGCCCAUCGUCUCGCCCACUACAUCUCGAACCUCGGGUAUGGAAUCUUCGUCGGGGACGCGGCGACUUGACGACUCACGGCUCUCGUAGCGCGUUCACAUAACCUUUAAAUCGACUAAGAGAGAGAGAGAGAGAGAGAGAAAAAAAAAAAAGGAGAGCGCACCGAUUCGUUUCCUCGCGGUUCGCCUCGCUCGCGGUAACGCGUUGGCCUACGUUUCUCUUCGCGGAAGCGACGACCGACGCUGAACAGCCUCCACGUCAAGGACGAGGCCACCUCCCUCGUCUCCUCUCCCCCCCCCCCCCCCGCGUCACCUCUUCGCGCUCGGGGAGUCCGUUCCUCUCCAUUUGUUGCAUUGCGCUGCUACGUCUCAUCUCGGGGACACAUGCACUACGUGUUCGUCGUACUGUACUUGACGAUGUUCAGUUUGGUUCUGUUCUGUAUACUUCUGUUCUCGCGUGGCGUUAUCACGAGGAUACAAUCUGUUCUGUACCUUUAAGUUGUGUUUUUUUUUUUCGUUUCAAUAAAUUUGGUUUUCUCGCUCAGCGGUAUUUUGUGUUUUCAUUUCAUACACCACGCAUACCACACACAUACACCAUCCCUGUCUUCCUUACACGCAAAUUUUGCACAGAUUUUCACAUCCUGUACCUCGUAAGUAUUGCGUUAAGACCUUUGAGAGUUGCGAUCAUUCCCUUUUUUUUUUGUCACGGGCAAAGCGUUUUCUUUUCCGACGUAUUUAUGGUUAUGGUAUGUUUUGUAGUUCUUGCUGGAUGUCAGCCGAGCGUCCAACUUGCUUCGUCCGCACUGUUCGACCCUCUACUAAAUUAUUAAUAGAUAUCUGGAGAUUAACGAUUGUCAAUUAGCAUUGCCAAUGCUAGUUUCUUUUAUUUAUUUAUUUUUUCUUGCUAUUGUUUACACGACGGUGUCUCUUUUUAACGACGCUCUUCUGUAGCCGAGUGCAAACAGCUGAUGACAUGACCCGCAAUGGUAAUCACUUUCUGCUGAUUAUCAAAGCGACGAUGCACUGAGGAAGAUCGACGUAUGUACGUGGAUUAAGUAAUUGAGAGACUCGUUCAUCAUACACAAACUGAGAAAAUGAAUAAUCAGGCGUUUAGCUUGGCGGAGAGGUUGAUACCCUCGACCUAUGUACAACAAGGCUUGAAUGCCAAGAAGUCUCGUGAAAACCUCAUACGGCAUUUCAUCGAGCAUCGAAAAUGGCCAGAAGAGGGCUGGGACGAUGCGACGAUAGAAGCAUUUCUGUCCGACCUCUCACAAAUGGAUAGCAAUAACUUCCCCUCGAAUUGUAGCGUUGGCGAGCGCGAGGCAAGGAUCGUUUCGAAUAUUGUUGCGAGACGACACUUUCGUAUGGGACACGGCAUAGGUAGAUCUGGUGAUUUAGAAGAAGUACAACCAAAAGCUGCUGGUAGCAGCUUAAUGUAUAAAUUAACUAACUCCUUAGUGCUUGAAGUUAUACGAUAUAUGGGAGUGAAGAGCAUAGCAGGCUGCUUCCUAUCACCAAUGGCCACGGGAAUGAGCCUAGUCCUAUGUAUGUUAACGCUUAAGCAAGACAGACCACGAGCGAAAUACGUUCUAUGGCCUAGAAUUGACCAAAAGUCUAGCUUCAAGUCUAUAAUCACGGCCGGAUUAGAGCCUAUCGUUAUCGAGAUGCAAAUAGUAGGGGAUGAAUUAAAGACCGACAUGCAGAGACUCGAAGCGCAAAUGGCAGCCCUAGGCGAAAGUGUUGCAUGUGUGCUCACGACGACCAGCUGUUUCGCGCCUAGAGCGUGCGACUCUGUGGACGUGAUUGCGGCUCUCUGCAGCCAAUACAAUAUACCACAUCUCGUGAAUAAUGCUUACGGCUUGCAGAGCACAAGGUGUAUGCAUCUCAUACAAGAAGCAUCGAGGAAGGGUCGGGUGGAUGCUUUUGUUCAGAGCACGGACAAAAACUUUUUGGUUCCGGUGGGCGGUGCAGUCAUAGGCUCUUUCGACAAGAAUCUCUUAGAUCGCAUAUCGAAAAUGUAUCCAGGACGCGCGAGCGCGAGCUCCGUCAUGGACGUGAUGAUAACGCUGCUAAGCCUUGGGAUGGCAGGGUACAAACAAUUGAUUGCUCAACGUAAAGAAAUGUAUUCCUACCUGAAAGAGGAGCUGGGAAAAUUAGCGACAAGGCAUGGGGAGAGGCUAUUAGACACUAAGGGCAAUCCAAUAUCCAUGGCUAUGACUCUUCAGUGUUUAAGCCAUCAACACGACAACAAACAAGUUACUAUGUUAGGAUCAAUGCUAUUUCUUCGUAAUGUUAGCGGUACUAGAGUAAUAACGACCACGGAUUCUAAGCACAUUGUUUCACAUAAAUUUGAAGGCUGGGGUGCACACAACAGCAAUUACAGAGUUCCAUAUCUGACUGCUGCGGCAGCGUUAGGCAUGAAAAGAUCCGAUGUGGAUGCAUUCAUACAAAGAUUGGACAAAGCUUUAACGAAAGUAAGGAGGCGUUCAGCACCAGUAACGCCCACCGCUUCACUCGCUGGUUCCAGCAUCAAUGGCGAUGCGGGUGGUACUGGUGGACCAGGAGAAUCUAGUACAGCCUCAACCAGUCGUGCAAGUAGCAAAGAUAGUUUAAGGAAAUGAACCGUAAUCAACGCAACUGGCCAGUCCAAUCAGCACAUUAAUAUCAAUUUGUAAGUAGCUUAUCGCUUACAAAUUGAUAUCCGUAGCAUGUUUCUGAGAAAUGUAGAUUUGGGGUACAAUCUGUUCUUUUACAAAUGUGUCAAUCACGUGUUUGUGUUGUGACAGGAGUUUUAUCAAAUCUAAAGAGAAAUUUAUAAAAAAACAAAUCCCUGAAACUUUUUAGAUUAAAAAUUAUAUAAUACAUUUUUAAUGAAAAUAAAAGAGAAAAAUAGAAGAUACAUAUAUAUAUACAUAUGGAAAUAUUUCUUUUCUAAAAUGACGAAAUAAAGUCCAUUACUAAUUUAAUAUUUGAUAAUAUUAAAUAGCGAUCUACAUGCAUUUUCACAGACACAUGCUAGAUACAAAUGUACUGAUUCGUCUGCCCAUUUGCGUUGAGAUAUUGUCAAUUUAAAUCGUAUACCAAAAAAGAAGACGUUUUCAAACAUUAAAAAGUGAUCAAAAUUAAUAUUUGAAAAAAAUAACAAGGAAACGCGUGAGGCAUUUGGAUUCCUAUGGCUCUAUUUCAGAAAACAAUCUCAGAGAGAGAUUUAAGUGAUAAGCGCUGGCCGCCAAGAUAAUUGUUGAGUAUACUCCUUGUUGAAAUGUAUAUGCUAUUAUUUAUAAAGAUACAGGCAACAUUGAAUUUUUACAUUUAACUCUCUUUUCGAUUUCUUGUUUUUUUAAUAAAUACAAUUUGAUAUAAACACGUAAGAGACAUGUAUCAAUCAAAAUAAAUUGUACAUUUGCUUUUUACACAUAAUAUAGUAAGUAUAGCAAGUUUAAUAAUGAGUUUCUUUUCUAACGAUAAAACUUGUGAAUUUGUGUUGAUACAUGUAGUAAUAUUCACUAUUCCAAUUAUAUUUACAAUGCUAUUUAUUAUAUAUCACAUUAGUCUCUUGAAAGCUGUUACAUUUGUGAUUUAAUUAUUUUUAUGCACUUAAUAGAAUUGAUUAUUAUUAAUAUUGAGUUUUUUUUAUCUUAAAAUUGAGACUAGAGAAUGAGAAUCUCUCUCUCUCUCUCUUUUUUUUUUAAUUUAAACAGAGUAUAUUCGUGUUUACGGCAUUAGUAAAAUGAUAUAUUAACUGUAAAAAGAGGAAGCAGUAGUGAAAUAUUUAUGAACACUAUUAGGAAAGUAUGUCAAAAUUUAGGUAUAUAGUACACGUAAUGACGUGGUAUACGAACAUAUUACUAUUGAGUUUGUUAGAAAAAUUUCAACAUUUUCGCGCAUGUAGAUAUUGUAUAUUUGAUUUGUUCCCGACAAGAAGAACGACAAGAGUUAGAACACAUCGUAUGUUACAUCAAUUGAUUUUCAGUGCAAAUAGCAUUAUGAUUGUUGUGUAACAAAUAUAAUAUUAUGUAUCUGAACUAUAUAGGAGUAUGUUGGGUGAAUAUCUAUUUAAUAUCAUUUGACAUAUAUUUAGUAUUAUUCGUAAACAAUAUCACAAGUUACUAACACACAUAACUUACUAAUACACACAUACACACAUUUAUACAUACAAAAAGUAUGUUUAUAUGUAUAUAGAUGCCUGCGUGCAUAGGUAUAUAUACAGAUAUAUUCAUACUUGCGCAAUUCGUUGCGGAUAAAGAAUAGUUUAUUUGAAGUUUCAUGCAAUUUAGAAAAUGGUAUAUCAAAGUUGUAUUUAUAAAUAUUUAAUAGAUAUAGAAGAGAGAGAAAUAAACCAAUAGGGGGAGAUUAUUAGUGCUGUUAAAAUUUUAUCGAGCAUGUUAUAAUUUUUAAUGCCUGUUGCACUUUUUUUAAAUAGAAAUGUUAAUUAUUUAUUGUAUUGUUGAUGUUUGGAUUUUGUAGUGUACAAUUUUAUGUCGAGAAUGUUCGAGGCGAAAGACAUUAUAAAUAAAUCGGUAAAUUAUCUGGUAAAUUGACAACAGCGCAAAACGACUAUAAAUCACUGUGGUUUGUAAAGUGUAUUAUUAUAAGCGAAAAAGAAAGAGGCAAUGAUGCACACACACAAAUUAACGUUUAAUUAAACGCUUAGUUGAUGGCUUGUUAGUAUGACAGUACUGAUCAAGAUUUUGUGAAGCUCCUAGUAACAAUUACCAUUCUUCAAUACAUUACAUCCUACCAAUAAUUAUAGAUCUAUAUUUUUCAAUUAUAAUCACUAACGUCCCUUCUCCUCUUACUAUAAAGAAACCAUUUUUCAGUACCUAUAUAAAUAUAUAUAUUUUCUUUCCAAAAUUUACGAUUAUAAUUUACAGACUUUAGAUCUCUACAUCUUUUAUGGAUUAUUUAAUCUUUUGUAGAAAAUCGAUUCCAAAAUAAGCAAAUAGAAAAAUUGUAAAACGUAGCUCAGUAGGUUUGGAAACUUAUACGGCAAUACUCAUAAUUUUAGACGAGAAUUAUAUAUAUAUAAUAUAUAAGUUAUAUACUGCUAUUGUGUACUUUUCAACCAUUAAUUACGAAAAUUAUACGUUAUUUUUUUAAUUAUUCAUUUAUCUCGAAGAUAAAUAUUCUACAUACAGAAAAAAUCUUUAAGAUGUAGUAGAAAAAAAUUGCAAAAUUAUUGCUGUAAGGGAAUCGUAUAUGAUGCUACAAUAGGAAAUACAUUGACGUUAUAUUAUUUAAUAAAGAGGAAUAUAUGUUGUGUAUAUACACAUAUAUACAUAAUAUACAUGUAUGAGCGAUCUUCUUAUCGUGAUGUCUUGAUGUAUUCGAACUAUUAUUGAAAAAUCAUGCCAUUUUAACUUUACAGUUAUUUUUAAUUCGUAUCUUUAUAUUCAAGAUUUAGCUUUUACACUCUUUACUUCAGUAAUAAUUAUAAUAUAACGCGUAAUAAUUUUUCCUUUCAUUCUGUGCUCAAGCAAGGAGGUACUGAAUUUUCUUGAAGAGCAAUAGAGACAAAUCAGCCUACAUACGUGUUUAUAUACAUGUAUAUAUACAUAUGCAUAUAUGUGUAAUGAUAGGAAAAUAUUCUUAUUAUUAGGAUAUUGUGGCGUACGAUGAGAUCUUAUAACUCGUACUCGUGAAAAUUCCUAUGUAAAUAAAGAAGAGUCUCUGUCUUAUUUGAUUCAUCUCCAUUUUCAGUUGGGUUUCAUGCAAUAAAGGGCCAGCUUACUUAUUACAACAUUGUUAUGCACACGUGCAACAACGACGAUCUUACGGACCUAAUUUUUUCCUAACUACUUCUCUCUAUCUCUCUCUCUCUUUUUCUCUCCCUGAGUUUCGCGCUUGACAGGAUCGGUCUGACUGCAGUUUUAUUGUCUUUUUAUAUAUGAAA